CCGUCUCCUCCAUCGCUCGCAUAUAUUAUCCCCCGCAGUCCGCUAUUGUUUUCUCUCUUCAGAUCUCUCCUCUCAAGGAUUUCUUCCGAAGUUAUUGAAUUUUUUUGUUGAGAAAAAAGAACCCCAUCCUUUAAGAUAAGGGUUCCCUGUUCGAUGGAUGCUAAUCAGGACACGAUGGGAGGGAGCCAGCCGGUAGAUCUUUCCAAGCACCCAUCUGGAAUUGUACCGACACUCCAGAAUAUAGUUUCAACUGUCAACUUGGACUGUAAAUUGGAUCUUAAAGCAAUUGCGUUGCAAGCUCGCAAUGCUGAAUACAAUCCUAAGCGUUUCGCUGCUGUUAUCAUGAGGAUAAGAGAGCCAAAAACUACGGCUUUGAUCUUUGCAUCUGGAAAGAUGGUUUGCACUGGAGCAAAGAGUGAAGAACAAUCUAGGCUUGCAGCUAGGAAGUAUGCUCGUAUCAUUCAGAAGCUUGGGUUCGCUGCAAAAUUUAAGGAUUUUAAGAUUCAAAACAUCGUUGGCUCCUGUGAUGUGAAGUUUCCCAUCAGACUAGAGGGGUUAGCCUAUUCCCACGGUGCCUUUUCAAGCUAUGAACCGGAACUUUUCCCAGGCUUGAUCUACCGGAUGAAGCAACCGAAGAUUGUGCUUCUCAUAUUUGUGUCUGGAAAAAUUGUCCUCACAGGAGCAAAGGUGCGGGAAGAGACGUACACUGCUUUUGAGAACAUAUACCCUGUCCUUACGGAGUUCAGAAAGAAUCAGCAAUGGUAUGGUGACUCUUUCUUCCAGAGCUUAUAAGUUUCCCUUGCAGGGCUAACCUUUUUUUGUUGACUGAUUUUUGCUCAAUGUUGGUUUGUUCUUUUGUCCCUAACUGAAGAAUUGCAGAAAUUUAUAAUUAUCAGUAUGCUUGCGAGCACGUGAAGCAAUCGGUGGUGCUUGCCCUGCAGCUUGGCUUUGUAUCUCACUACGUAUAAUAUGUCUCCCUUGAUGUGGCUGUCUCCAUUUCAUUUUCCCAUGUGAAUUUCAGUCAUAAUAUGAAAUCUUUAAAAUGUUCAAAUUCAGGAAUCUGAUUUCUUGUGUACCCAGUAGUGUUGUCUAGUUGUUUUCGAGAGAGAAAAAAUGAGUAAUGUUGUCUAGCAAUUGGGCUGUCUUAUUGUGUGACUGCAAGACCUAAUUUCAAUAUUUCAUACAGUCCAAAUUUGGAUUUUAUGGCUUUCCAUUUGAAUAAUAUCAUUCAAAAGUA